AUGGUAUGUGACUGCAACGCAUUGCAGGUGUUGAGCAGCACUUUUGGAUUGCCUCACCAGGCCAUGAAACAGAGGGCCUACAGCCUCGUCCCCCAGUCCUGGGACCAGUUGGAGCAGGGGACUGCUCCCACGGAUGGCGGCCUCCCAAACACACCAGAUGGCAAGCUGUCCUGGUCACCACAACUCAGUGAGAGGCGAGGGUCUGACAGCUCCGCCAGCAGCAGCAGGCACUGGUGCUUGCCCUCAGCGUGCGGCUGGUGUUUCAAGCCAGUGCUGAUAUGCAAGCUGCGGCUCAGCCCGGCGUGCAUGCUGUUCAGCUUCUUCAUCGUCUGGGUAAGCUUCCACGUUUUGAGCCAGGUGGACCUGCAGGCUCUGGGCGAGCACCGGGUCGUUCUGGACGCCCAGCUUGACGCCAUCCGGGCCCUGGAGCCCCCAUGCGCCGCCCUGUGCAAGAAGCCCCUCAUGGGCGCCGUGGCCACGCACCACCGGACCGGCACCAUGCUCUUCUCAUACACGACCGGAGACAUAUGCCAGGAGUUCGGCCUCGACUUCGAGCUCUCCGACGACAAGGUGAAUCUGCCGAGCCCGAACGACACCGCCACCACCAAGUACGUGGCCCUGGAUGGGGCGCGGCAAAGGCUGAUGGUGGGCAUGCAUGGGUACGGGGAGGACUGCCCAGAAGGGCCGGAGCCGUCAGUCUACUGCGGGGAUUUUGACGUGGACUGCUGGCUGCAGGCGUGCAGGCUGCGAGAGCCGGGGGAGGCGGAGGCCCCCAUUCCAGUCGUGCAUGUCGUGAGGAACCCAGCUGACAUCCUGGUGUCUUCGUACCUGUACCAUCGGCGGGGCACGGAGGAAUGGCUUCAAGAGCCCAACCCAGGAGCACUGAGCGUCUUGCCGGAGGACCUGCAGCGAAAGCACGCCGAGACGGCUCUUUACAAGGCGCUCCAGGCGCUGGAUGUGAGCUCAGGCCUCCUGGUGGAAUUCCACUCCUCAGCAGGCGAUAUCUACAGGGGUGCCCGCAACCACAGGGACCUCCAAGACAAACCCUGGGCGCUGAACGUGCGCUACGAAGACCUGCAGAAGGACUACGACGGGGCGAUGGGCCGCGUGUACUCGCACCUUGGACUGGGAGAGAUGUUCGGCCGCGACAAGCUGCUUCUGGUGGCCAAGAAAUUCGAUCUGCACAAGAUGCCUGAAGAAGACCGCCACAGAUACGCGGUGGACGCCCACGUUACCGGUCAGGAGCACUCGACCAGGGAGGGCAUCAGGGACGUGGUUGCGGGGCUGCCCGACCUGAGGGUGGCGUUGGAGCGCCUGGCCAACCUCACGGGAUACGCAGGCGCUUCUUUUGGCUGA